AUGGUGCUCCGGGGAAGUGUUGGUUCUUCUGUCCCCUGCACAGGAGAAAUCCAGACAGCCUUUAUCCUUUCUUCCUUUGUGACCUUCUUUUUUGGGCUGUUCAUUUUGUUGAUUUGCAGGAACACCAAAUUCCAUUCAAAAGUAUUUCAAGUAAGAAAGGUGCUCAGCCACAGGACCUUUCAGAAGUCCCACAAAACGAUUGUCAGGUUUCAAGGAGCCUUUAUUGAAUGGAUAGAGAUGAUGUUGUCAGCGCAGACCUUUGUGGGUCGUGUGAUGGUGAUCAUGGUCUUUGUACUCAGCAUUGGGUCCCUCAUUCUCUUCUUUAUGCAUUCCAGAUUUCCUGUUGGAAACUGCUCAAACACCUUAGACAAGACUAUUCACCUUGACCUGGCCUUUAAUGGUUUUUUCCUCUUUUAUUUUGGAGUGAGGUUUGUGGCUGCAGAUGACAAGAUCAAGUUUUGGUUGGAGAUGAAUUCAAUUGUGGAUUUCUUUACCAUUCCACCCACCUUUGUUUCAUACUAUAUUCAAAACAAUUGGCUUGGCUUAAGAUUUUUGCGGGCACUUCGGUUACUUGAACUUCCCCAAAUACUGCAGUACCUACAAAUCACCAAGACAAUUAAAGCAGUAAAGUUAUCCAAAUUUAUAUCCAUAUUUAUCAGUACCUGGCUUACUGCAGCAGGAUUUAUUCACCUGGUAGAGAAUUCUGGCGACCCUUGGAUCAAGAAUAGCAAUUCCCAGCCACUGAGUUAUUUUGAUUGCCUUUACCUUAUAGUAGCAACAAUGUCAACUGUUGGAUUUGGAGACAUAGUAGCUAAAACGAUUCUAGGAAGGACCUUCAUCAUCUUCUUCAUCCUUGGGAGUUUGAUCCUGUUUGCAAACUAUGUUCCUGAAAUUGUUGAGCUUGUUUCAACCAACAGAAAAUAUAACAAUGCUUAUGAAGUGGUAAGAGGAAGGAAAUUUAUUGUGGUCUGCGGAAAUAUCACUGUGGAGAGUGUUACUGCUUUCCUACGAAACUUCCUUCGCCAUAACAAGGGGGAGAUAGUCUCAGAGAUCGUUUUCUUGGGAGAAGUUCUACCCUCUCUGGAGUUAGAAACUCUAUUCAAGCGCUACUUGGCUUAUAUUAGUUUCUUCUAUGGAUCUGCAUUGAAGUGCGAAGAUUUGAAGAGAGUUGCGGUGGAAUCCGCAGAUGCAUGUCUGAUUAUAGCCAAUCCUCUGUGUUCCGAUUUACAUGCAGAAGACACUUCUAAUAUAUUGAGGGUUCUCUCGAUCAAGAACUACUACCCCAAGAGCAGGGUCAUCAUCCAGAUACUUCAGGCUCAUAAUAAGGUUCUGCUGCCGAAGAUACCCCAUUGGAACUGGAGUUCUGGAGAUAACAUUAUUUGCUUUGCUGAACUCAAGCUGGGAUUUAUGGCCCAGGGUUGUUUGGUGCCAGGCUUAUGCACCUUCCUAACCUCCCUGUUUAUUACUGAGGAAUCCAAAAAGAUAAUUCCCAAAGAGACCUGGCAAAAGGAUUACUUGGAUGGCAUGAAGAACAAAGUAUUUACCCAGCGCCUCUCCAAUGAUUUUGUUGGAAUGUCUUUUCCAGAAGUGUGUCGGCUGUGCUUUGUGAAGCUCAACAUUGUGCUGAUAGCCAUUGAAUACAAACCAGGAUUCCAAGAGUCCAGUGGCCUACUACUAAAUCCGCCCCCACAGAUUAAGCUGCAAAAGAACACAAUGGGGUUCUUCAUUGCCGAAACCAUAACUGAAGUCAAAAGGGCCUACUUUUAUUGUUCCAAGUGCCACAGCGAUGUGAAAGAUCUCGAGUUAAUUAUAAAAUGUACCUGCCGAACCAGUAGCACACAACAUCGACGUGAAGUACUAUCAUUCAUUGCAAUGAAAUACCCAAAAAUAUCAUCUGGUAAAACAAGUCAAAGGUCAAGCACUGUUGGAAGAAGAACAUAUAGCCCAAGAGCUAGUGUUGUUUCAUCCUUCAUCAUCAGGGAUGCAGCUACUGUGGAAAGAGAGCUAGAAAAUGACAAGUUGGAUUCCACUGGGAUGUUUCACUGGUGUGAACCAGUUCCUCUGGAAAAUGCCAUUGUGAAGCGGGAUGAGAAGACUAUCAAAUUCCAGAACCAUAUCAUUGCCUGUGUCUUUGGAGAUGCACAAUCUGCCCUGGUAGGGCUACGAAACUUUGUGAUGCCUCUGCGAGCAAGUAACUACACCUUCAGAGAGCUGAGAGACAUUGUGUUCAUUGGGGCCCUGGAUUAUUUGCAGAGAGAAUGGCGGUUUCUCCGUAAUUUCCCCAAGGUGUACAUACUGCCAGGAUCGGCUCUUUUUCCUGGAGACCUGAAAAGAGCUAGGAUCGAGGCAUGUGCCAUGUGCGCCGUCCUGGCCCCGCCAUCGAAGGCUGAAGUCAGCCAGACCCUGUUGGACUCAGAGUGCAUCAUGGCCACACUCAAUAUUGGAUCCCUGAAUGCCUAUCCUUUCAUCCAAAUGCUCUCAACCCCAGAUGCAACUGGCAGACAGAAUCCAUCCUAUCAUCAAUCAGAGCAAGGUUAUAAAAGGAUCCCCAUCCUAACAGAGCUGAAAAAUCCAUCCAAUGUCCACUUUAUUGAACAGCUUGGUGGCAUGCAUUCAGGAAUCCCAGGAGCAAACUUGCAUUUGAGCAUCUCCUUCUCUACUGGCUCGGUCUUUUCAGACAGUUUUUUUGACUCACUGAUGGCCACAGCUUACUAUAACUACCACAUCUUGGAGUUACUCCAGAUGCUGGUGACUGGAGGGAGGAGUGCACAGCUAGAUCUGCAAUGGGAAAAAGACAAGCACAAAGAUCAAAGUGACAAUGAAGUGUUAUUCUUGACUGGGAGAGCAAGGUGUAAGCUGGAACUCCUGUCUUUGAGCCAUUCACUCUUAUUGGACCUUGCUGAAUGCGAGACCUUCGGACAACUGUUCUGCAGUGCCCUGGAUACAUUUGGAAUCCUUUGUCUCGGGCUGUACCGCCUGAUAGACAAUGCAGAAUGCAAUCCUCUACAGAAAAGGUUUGUGAUUUCUCGGCCUCCUAAUGAUUUUGAACUGCUUGCCACUGACCACCUUUUUUGUGCCAUUCCACUCAGCAUCGCACAUUACACUAAAAUGACUUAUGAUCCCCAGCAACGACUGGACUCCCUAAGCCUGCAAGGGAGUCCAUUAACUAGGAAAUAUUCCCCAACAUCCCUUGAGUUUCCAGCUCCAAAAAGAAAGUCGAAGACCUCUACCUCUUUUGACAGAAAAUCCUUCAAGUCAAUGUCUUCAGUGUUGAGGCAGAGUGGGAAAGAAGCCAAGGAUCCUUAUUCGAUGUAUCAGAAUCAAAUCCUUUGUACUGUAAAUGAACAGGAUACUGAUGAUGUUGAUUCUACAAGUUUAUCAGUAACAACUGCACCAGACAUCGAGGAAAUCAGUUCUAAGGACCAGGAGUUUUCAAUGUCAAGCUAUAAAGAAACCAAAGGAAGCAUUCCAGGUGGCAGUGAACAAAUACCUAAAUCUCCAAAAUCAGCAUCUAACACACAGUUAAAGGACAAAACCAUAGUGUAAAUCACUCAACUGGAUAUUACUUUCAAAAUAAAUGUAAUCUUGAGGGCUCUGGAAUGAGAGUUCA